AUGUCAAAGAGAGCAAUAAGCGCUCCAUCCAGGAAACUGGGUGAGUUUGAAGAGCUCGUAUACGAGUAUACGGCGCAAGCGGGCGUGGGGAACGAGGGAUACACAGUGAUUUCCAGCGCUUACAUUCUCUCAAAGAAGCACUGGGACAUCGACGCUCGCGGUUGUAACCUCCGCUUCGAAUCUGCAACCCGCGGUCCUCCGGCUACAGUCUCGUUCCUGUUGACGAUCACGCCUGCGCUCAGCAAUUACUUGGGUAAUCUCCACGGAGGCUGUGCUGCUACUUUGAUCGAUGUUCUAUCAACCACUAUCUUGUUGGGUGUUUCCGAGCCGGGGAAGUUCUCUGUCGGAGGUGUCAGUCGCAAUCUUAAAGUGACUUAUCUACGGCCUGUACCUACCGGGACUGAGGUACGUCUCAUUUGUGAGGUUAUUCAUGUUGGAAAGAGGUUGGCUUUGCUUCGGGCUGAGAUUCAGAGGGCGGAGAGUGGGGAUAUUUGUGUGAUCGGUGAACAUGAGAAGGCCAAUACCGAUCCGGAGAUGACGCAGAGGAUGUAA